AUGGCAGGGGUCCUCAGGGCGCCUUUUGGAUUGGACAAAAACGACAGUUCGUGGACAAGCAACGUCUGUUCACAAAGGUCAUGGAGACUGCAUCAUCUAUGCACCUACAAUGCUAGGACAUUCUCCACAAACGCUGACCUCCACGCUCUUCUCGCUGCUGCAGAGCACAUCAAGUACCAUGCCAUCGCUGUGCAGGGAACGAAAUCCAGGAAGAAGGACGGGCAACAGAUGACUGAUGGGACCCUGAUCAUUCGUGGUAAAACAUCACGAAACGUUGGAACGUUAGCUUGUCGUCCAUCCAUCCAUCGUCCACCUUGUCGAUUCGCAUGCUACGACUACGAUUUCCACGUCGGGUGA